GUGUGUGUGUGUGUGUGUGUGUGUGUGUGUGUGUGUGUGUGUGUGUGUGUGUUCCAGGAGUUAAACACCCUUGGGAAGCCAAAGCGCAACCGCAUCCCGGUCAACAUUUUCGUCUCGGAGCACUAUGCAGAGGCCAGAGGGCUCACCCCACAGGACAAGCUGAAGUCACUGGUGCAGGACUGGAGGAUUCUUUCACUUCAUCAGAAACAGAUCUAUACACAGCUGGCCCAGGACGACAAGAUCCGCUAUAAUAAUGAGAUCAGGUCGUGGGAGGAGCACAUGGUGGAGAUUGGACGACCAGACCUGGUCCGAGUGAAGAUCCUGCCUACCAAGAGGAAACCUGCAGCUAAAGCUCAAACAAUCAAGAAAGGAACAAAGAAGGUUAUAGCUACAGUGAAGAAGGCCACUGCAAGCAAAACUGUCCGCAGUAAAUGAACACAUCAGUGUGUUCAUGUACCAAGAGGAAACAGUGUUCAUGCUCUCCUUGCUUUUUGACAACGUUCUCAAUUGUCAUUAAUGUUAGGUUCAACAGGGCAAAGCUUUUACAUCAUUCAGACGGAUCAACAUCAUUUCACAGAAACCAUUAUCACCUGUGCUUAGUGAAAUGUAACAAUUGAAACCCGGAAAGCAGGAUUAUAACAAGCACGCAUGUGACUCUAAUACUCAUCCUGACUUAUUGGUUUCUUAAAUCCAUUUGGUUGAUAAAGUGCAAUGGUUCCUGGCUAAGAAAGAGAUGCAAUAUAAUGAUUUCAUGGGCUUAGACAUUUAAAUCAAGUUAUUAAAGGAGUUUCAGAUAAGGUUUCUACAUUUCUGUCUGCAGUGUGUAAAAGGUUUCAUAGCCCUGAGUGUUACCACACUAUACUUGAGCGAAUAUAAAGGUUACUGUUGCAGUCCCAAAGCAAACACUUUUUUGUUUAAUU